AUGUCAGCAUCUAAGAUUCCACUUUUCAAAAUGAAGGGCCUGGUCCUGUUCCUAUCUCUAGUGAAAAUGAGCCUGGCAGUGCCGGCAUUUCCUCAACAACCUGGGGCUCAAGGCAUGGCACCUCCUGGCAUGGCUAGUUUGAGCCUUGAGACAAUGAGACAGUUGGGAAGCUUGCAGGGACUCAACGCGCUUUCUCAGUACUCUAGACUCGGCUUUGGGAAAGCCCUUAACAGUUUAUGGCUGCAUGGUCUCCUCCCACCACAUAACACUUUCCCAUGGAUAAGACCAGGGGAACAUGAAACCCAGCAGUAUGAAUAUUCUUUGCCUGUGCAUCCCCCACCUCUCCCAUCACAGCCAUCCCUGCAGCCUCACCAGCCAGGACUGAAACCCUUCCUCCAGCCCACUGAUGCCACUGGUGUCCAGGUCACCCCCCAGAAGCCAGGGCCUCAGCCUCCAAUGCACCCUGGACAGCUGCCCUUGCAGGAAGGAGAACUGACAGCAGCAGAUGAGCAGCCGCAGGUGUUGCCAUCAGAGAAUCCCCCAACACCUGAGGUCCCACUAAUGGAUUUUGCUGAUCCACAGUUUCCAGCAGUGUUUCAGAUAGCUCGCUCCGUGUCUCGGGGACCAAUGGCACACAACAAAGCACCAGCCUUUUACCCAGGAAUGUUUUACAUGUCUUAUGGAGCAAACCAAUUGAAUGCUCCUGCCAGAGUUGGCUUCAUGAGUUCAGAAGAAAUGCCUGGAGGAAGAGGAAAUCCCAUGGCCUAUGGAACUCUGUUCCCAGGAUUUGGAAGCUUUAGGCAAACCCUUAGGGGACUGAAUCCCAAUUCACCAAAGGGCGGAGACUUCACUGUGGAAGUAGAUUCUCCGGUAUCUGUAACCAAAGGCCCUGAGAAGGGAGAAGGUCCAGAAGGCUCUCCACUGCAAGAGGCCAACCCAGCCAACCGGGAAAACCCAGCUCUCCUUUCACAAAUGGCACCUGGUGCCCAUGCAGGACUCCUUGCUUUCCCCAACGACCACAUUCCCAGCAUAGCAAGGGGACCUUCAGGGCAAAAGCAGGGACUCCUCGGGGUCACCCCUGCAGCUGCCGACCCACUGAUGACUCCCGAAUUAGCAGAAGUUUAUGAAUCCUAUGGUGUUGAUGCCACCACACCCCUGGGUGAUGGAGAAGCAACUGUGGAUAUCACCAUGUCCCCAGACACUCAGCAGCCACUGGUGCCGGGAAACAAAGUGCACCAGUCCCAGGUGCAUAACGCAUGGCGUUUCCAAGAGCCCUGAUGACCUUGAGAUAGCCGCUACUUUGUGUAUGCACAAGCUUUCCAGCUUUGUCCCCAUA